UGAUUCCUGGUGCUGGUCCUCGAUGGAGUCGAUUCCAAAAGUGGAUUUCAUACUCAUUUUGUUUUCAAACUUAAUAAUGUCGGUGUCGCCGUGACUAAAUUAACCUUAUUUAAACGUCAGCUCUUCAACCAGCUUGAAAUGCGAGAACUAAUGGACAUAAACUCGGUCUACAGUACAUUCACGAUAUGUUCUCAACUGCUUUCUCUCUUAUCCUUAAAAUACUUCAGCACUAUGCGAUGUUUUUGCUAGAUUUUUAUUAUUAUUUUUUAAACAAACGUUAAUUUGUUUUAUUUAUCCACGUUAAAAUACAGCGAACGAGGCAGUUAACGUUACACCUGUACUACGGCCAAAUCGGUUUCAUUGUGCGGAAUCGACUCCUUAAGCUUUAUUGUCGACGCUUAAUUCCCAGUGACUCGAAUCUGAGAGUCGACUCUAUUUGGGCUCGACUCCCAGCCCUAGCUUGAGGUGGUUGAGCUAUAUAGCGAGCACUACUGUUUCAUUUGUGUAUGGGUCGGACCUAUGAGUCAGUUACUGUCCCAGUUAAAGCGUUCUCGCAUCUUCUUCAUACUCUGUCUCGUUAACUGUCCCAUGCCGAUAUAGCAGACCGGAUAAAGCGGCUAGUUGGAGAUAUGCGCUUGUUUUUGGUGUGUUUUGGUGCGCUGCUGUUGUGUGUCGGAGCUUCUGCACACCGAGGAGCUUCGCAUUUAAUCACAGAUGAGAUCCCCUUCAAAAUCAACUGGCCCGGGGAACAUUUCACCUUGCCAGCCUCCGGGGCCCUUUAUGAAGAAGAUGACUUCCUUAUUAUGACCACGGCAGAAAAGGAGAAAUACAAGUGUUUAUUGCCUUCUUUGUCGAAGGGAGAUGAGGAUGAGGAGAAGGAGUAUACGGGACACAGCCCAGAUGUUCUACUUGCACCGUUGUUCAAACAGAGCAGCUGCUCAUACAGGAUUGAGUCUUACUGGUCCUAUGAGGUGUGCCAUGGUAAACAUGUGAGGCAAUAUCAUGAGGAAAAAGAGACUGGUCAGAAAGUGAACAUACAGGAGUAUUACCUGGGGGCCAUGUCCAGCAAACACACUGAUUCUUCAGCAGAUUCAGAGCCUAGUAAAGCAGGCGAUGCUGCCAAUGAAAGACCAGACACCAACACUGAGGUGCCAAGUAAGAACAUAGAAGGCCAGCUGACCCCUUAUUUCCCGGUGGAGAUGGGGAAUGGGACCCCGUGUCUGUUAAAACAGAAUAUGCCUCGAUCUACCUCUGUGCUGUACGUGUGUCAUCCAGAGGCAAAACAUGAGAUUCUUUCCAUUGCUGAGGUGACAACCUGCGAGUAUGAGGUGGUGGUGCUCACACCACUGCUCUGUGCUCAUCCUAAAUAUAGGUAUAAGUCAUCGCCAGUGAAUGCCAUCUUUUGCCAGGCGCUGGCGGGUUCUCCACUUCGGCCCCACAGCCUCUCCCUACUGGACCAGCAGCAGGAGCAGCUACUUAGGCCACACUUCAGCCCUCCCACUGAGAGAGAGGAGGACACAUCACCUGUGCGGGAGGAGGCCUUUACCUCUACCCACAAACCCAUGGCUGUUGGUGGACAUACCCAGGUGACGGUCGGAACUACCCACAUAUCUCGCCUGACUGAUGAGCAGCUUAUAAAGGAAUUUCUGAGUGGCUCGUACUGUCUGCAUGGGGGCGUGGGAUGGUGGAAAUAUGAAUUCUGCUAUGGAAAACAUGUUCAUCAGUAUCAUGAGGACAAAGAACAAGGGAAGAGUAUUGUAGUGGUGGGCAGUUGGAGUCAUGCUGAGCAUUUAGAGUGGUCCAAGAAGAAUGUGGCACGCACCUACCAACUUAAAGAAGAGGGAAACCAAAAAGUCAAGCUGGUAUCCCACUUCUAUGGCCAUGGGGAUGUGUGUGACCUCACAGGGAAGCCAAGACAGGUCAUUGUGAAGCUCAAGUGUAAGGAAUCUGAGUCUCCUCAUGCUGUUGUUGUGUAUCUCUUGGAACCCCAGACUUGCCAGUAUAUUCUUGGGGUUGAGUCUCCAGUUAUCUGUAAGGUCUUGGACACCGCCGAUGAGAAUGGCCUUCUCUCCCUCCCUAGCUAGAAAUCGGACAGGCUAGUGAGAUGUGCGUGAUUUUAGAAAAGGAAGAAUAUUAUGGUUGGAGUGAAAUGUGUGUUUUUGAAGGAAAUUCCCAGGAAUUUCUCAUUAUCCCUUUAAGAACACUGAGAAUGUGCUCUAGACUGAGCUCUGGAUAAUGUUUGUCCGGGUGUGGUGUUGAAAGUAUGUUCAUUUUGGAAUUGGCAGUUAUGGAACUGUUUAAUUUCCUGAUCUGCUGGAGAAUAUCUCUCUUGUUUUUGUUUUUGUAAGUUUUUGGCACAUUUUAAUGACUUAUGAUUUUUUUUUUUUUUUUUUUUUUGUACAUUUUAUUUUUAAUUUAAUGCAAUAAUUUCUGCAGGGUUCUAUAUCGGGGUGUUUUAACGGUUUAUUUAUUUCUGUUAACUAUAUGCUUGCUGUUGCAAGCAUUAAAUUACAUUUUAAGCAAAGCGAGGAUUCGAGAAUCGAAACAAUUUGUUCAUUGAAUAUAUGGAGAGCUAGAACGCCAUGCAAAAGUAGUGGGACGGCUACAUAUUUAAGCAUAAAUGCGGCAAGAAUGUACUGUGAGCUUUUAUUUUGGAUUACAUCUGAACACAUACAAUAUGUUUCAUGUUGAUACUGCUAUGAAAUAAUGGCAGUAUCAUUACUACAUAUAGUUUGGCACAGGUGCUUACAGUCAUGCAUUAUAGUAAGCAUUUGUCUUUUUUUUUUUUUUUUUUUUUUUUUUUUUUAAAUUUAAAAACAACAGAACUAGGUUGUCCUUGGGUUAAUUGUUUAAAAUAUUUAUGAUGUGCACUGUGUAUAUACCAGUCCCUCCAGGAUUUUGCGAUUGCAGAGAUGAACGCAAAAUCAAGGAAACUCCACGAUUUUCAAAAUUACCGCAGAUUUUCUGAAGAAUUGGGCCAAGACACAUCAUGUGAAAUCAUCACAAAGCACCAUGCGAUGUCAUUGCGACGUGGAUUCAGCCAAACCCCGCCUUCGAUUCACAUGUGCCGAACGAGUACAGCUAAAAGUUCUCAUUUACCAACAAACAUCACGGUGAAAGAUCAUGCAAAACAAUUCUGUGCAAUUGCAACUUCAAGUAGUUUUCCACAAAAAAAACAGAAAAAAUGUUCGUGGAAUUUUUUUGGCUGCAACAGUCACUUAAAAAAAUAAACGCUGAAAUCCUAUAUGGACUGCUAUACACACCUAAAUGAAUCUAGUUUGUGAAAUGUGCCUAAUUCAGGGAUGUUUGCAUGGGGUUUUAAAACUGCGAUAUUCAUCAUUUAGAUGGAAUCCCAUAGCCCAAUUUAGUAAGAAAACGAGCAAACGAUGAAUAUCUUUUGGCUCUACUUCAUUUGCAUAGGAUUGCAAUUUCAAUCUUGAUGUUAAAUACGAGUACACAAUGCUCACUUGAGCUUACCAAUUUUAUAACUUGGAAACAAAAUCGUUUCCUCGGUUUUAAUGAAACAGCCCUGUGGUCCUUGCUGGAAAAGAUGUUUAAUGGCUUUAAGUUGACCACUAUUAUGAUCUAGGCUAUGUUGCUGCAUGAGCCCUACCUAUUUCAGACUUUACUUCAAUCAGGGCUUUACUGUUCGUUUUCUAGCAGGUAAAGAUUGUAAAAAUGUUGAAGGACAGCAGAUCUCUCGGUCAUAUUAUGUCUGAUGUGAGGUCAUAAAUGCAAAACGGAUUAAAAAUGACUAAGGCAGGCAGAUUAAAUGCUUAACUGGUGAGUCUGUGGGGGUAUUUCGCUGGUAUGGUUAGGUUCCAUGCAUCCUCUUAGAUGCAUUCACUGCAAAUCAGAGUUCUUCUGAUCACCUUGAUCAUAUGACAAAAUAUUUCUGUCAUGAUGUGAUCGGUUUCUUCUAGGAUGAUCCUGUCCACAGCAAACUAUGAUCACUGAAUGGUUUGAUGAUAAAUUAUUUAUAUUAUAUGCUAUGGUCUUCACCAGUGGUUCUCAACCUUUUGUGAGCUCUUUACCCCUAGCAUAUUUCGAACAAUCCACAAGGACCCCCUACUCCACAACAAUCAUAGGCUAUAUAUUUAACAGUCAUUUCUAUAUAUGUUACUUUAUUUUAUUAAUAUUUAACAUUAAUAAUAUUAACAUUGGACGUUUAAAAUUGAAUCAAAAGAUUUCGGGAUUGAUUUAUUUUUUCACAUUUUUUAUUGUUGGUGUGACAUUUAGUUUGAGACUGUUUUGUUUAUUUUUUUACCUGUCAAUGCGACACUUGAACUUGUCUACCACUCAUAAAGUCAUAGGUUUUUGCAAAUGAUCUUUUCAUUUGUAAAUAAAUUUCAAAUAAAUCCAUCGAUGAACGAU